AAUUCAUUAACCUGUUGAAGGUUUGAUCAAAGUGAACUACAGCAAGUAUCUUUGUACGCUUUUUGUUAGGUGAUCUGCUGCAGAGGCGAGGGAAAAGGGAAUUACUGGACAAAAAUAAAUAGACAAACUGUUAUCUAUUUACGGUAAACUCAAUGUAGUCCCUCAGGGGAGGCCCUGGUCUUCACGGAGAGAGAGAGAGAGAGAGAAAAAAAAAAGAAAAGAAGAGAGAGAGAGAGUGAGACUCAGACAAGAGCAAGUGAGAGUGACACACUGACAUGCAGUUGGUUUUCAAUAAGGAAACUAAAGACAUUUUGCAUCUGGAGUACUUUUGAAGACACAAGCCGGGGGACAAGUUCAAGCGCCGGGCAUGAACUCACAGAGCGGGCCCUGCUGUGGGAGGAGAGGAGAGUGAACACAGCUUCAGUUAAGCUCAUCUGCUUUAUCAGGAUGGGCUGCGUUUGCAGUAGCCAGAAAGAAGUACGAGAUGACAAGUUCUUCAACAAAAAAAAAAACUCUCAGGACUCCGGCUCGUCGAUUCACAUAGCACGAAGUGGAAACAGCUUAACGGAUAAUGAUGAAGUUCUGUUUGUGGCACAACAUGACUUUAAAGCAACCAACGACAAUGAUCUAACUUUCAAAAAGGGAGAAAAACUAAAGGUUUUACAAGAAAACGGAGAAUGGUGGGUGGCCAAAUCGUUGGUGACUGGACAGGAAGGUUUCAUACCAUGUAAUUAUGUAGCCAGAGCAGAUACACUGGAGGUGGAAAAAUGGUUUUUCAGGGACCUUAGUAGGAGAGAGACUGAACGGCUGCUUUUAGCCCCUGGAAAUAAACCGGGCGCUUUUCUAGUUCGAGAGAGUGAGACCUGUAAAGGGUCUUUCUCACUGUCAGUCAGAGAUUACAACCCAGAACAAGGAGAUGUGGUAAAACACUACAAGAUCCGUGCUCUGGACAAAGGUGGCUACUACAUCUCCCCCUCCAACUCGUUCCCUUGCCUACAGGAACUGGUUAAAUACUACACCCGUACAGCAGAUGGUUUGUGUCUGCGGCUGUAUGCCCCUUGUAAGGCCACGACACCCGAGCAGCCGUGGGCACACGACGAGUGGGAGAUCCCCAGAGACACCCUGAAGAUGGUGAAGAAACUGGGGGCCGGGCAGUUUGGAGAAGUGUGGAUGGGUUACUAUAAGAACACCCAGAAGGUCGCUAUUAAGACCUUAAAGGAGGGGACGAUGGAGCCAGAGGCCUUCCUGCAGGAGGCCAACCUGAUGAAGCAGCUGCAGCAUGAACGACUGGUGCGCCUCCACGCUGUGGUCACUAUGGAGCCCAUUCUUAUUGUCACUGAGUACAUGAUGAAUGGAUGUCUUCUGGACUUUCUGAAGGCAGACGAAGGGAAAAAGCUAAAGAUAAAUAAGCUGAUAGACAUGUCAGCGCAGAUAGCUGAAGGCAUGGCGUACAUCGAGAAGAAGAACUACAUCCACCGAGACGUGCGUGCAGCCAACAUACUGGUCAGCGACGACCUGCACUGCAAGAUAGCAGACUUUGGCCUGGCCAGGAUCAUCGAGACAGAAUACACAGCUCAAGAAGGUGCUAAAUUUCCCAUCAAAUGGACGGCUCCAGAGGCCAUCAAUUUUGGCACAUUCAGCAUCAAAUCUGACGUGUGGUCCUUUGGGAUCCUCCUCACAGAGAUAGUCACCUAUGGAAGAAUACCCUACCCAGGGAUGACCAACCCAGAGGUGAUCAGGAGCCUGGACAAGUUGUACAGGAUGCCGUGUCCGGACGGCUGCCCCGAUGAACUCUAUGACAUUAUGAAUAUGUGCUGGAGGCAGAGGUCUGAGGAUCGUCCCACAUUUGAAUUUCUCCAGAACAUUCUCCAAGACUUCUUCAUCGCCACGGAGGGACAAUAUGAGAUGCAGCCGUGAUAAAAGAAAAGGUUUCCUGUUGAUAAACCGAAGACAGCAAAAUGUCCUAAAGACAGAUGUGAGACUUGAACGGAUAGAGGAUGAGGACCAACCAAAUGUCUUUUUUAAUUACUAAUGCAAUUUAUAUUUUGAAACGUUUCAAAUGGACACAUUUUUUACGCCUACCUUCUGAGUGAAUGUAAAAGCUAUUCCGUCUCUAGCAGCUAAGAGCGUCUGAAACAUGUUAAAGUCAGAAAGGAAACGUUUUAUUAUACCGACUCUACUCCUGUUAUCGAUGGCUCACAGUCCCAUUCUUGCUAUGGAGUAUGAGUAGACAUAAUCAGGACUAUACGAUGAUUAAAAGAAGAAAUAUGGAAAUACAAAUACAGUACAAUACAAAAAGGCCUUUGGACUCGAGGAAGUCAACAAAGGUAAAGUUACAGAUGAAACAUCUGCAUGGUACCAAAACGAGCAUCCUGAGAUUACAAGCACAAUACUUUGCACUUUUUAAAAAAAAAUGAUUCAGUCAUUCAGCAGAUUUAUAAAAAAAGUACGGGGCUUUCUAAAGAGAAUACUUGUAUAUAUGUUUUUGUAAAUACAAAUAUUUACAUUAUUUAGAACUUUGGUUUGUUGUUGUAUUUCAUUCUUGGUUUAAUUAAAGUGCCAUAAAACAUUCUUCACAUGUAUUUCA